GUCACAGGGAGUCUCCGCUGCUGCAUGUAAACAAAGCGGAGCUAACAGCGGAGCUAGCAGCGGCAGCUCCAAUGAAGAUAAACGGACUUUAAUCCGAACCGAACACAGCUGAUCCGGAACCCCGAGCUUGAGGAAUGGACUGAAUCAGAACCGCCACCAUGUCCAUGGAAGACCCGUUCUUUGUCGUCAAAGGGGAGGUGCAGAAGGCCGUGAACGCAGCUCAGAGCCUCCAUCACAGAUGGCGCGAACUCCUGCAGGAAGGGGGCGGAGCCUCCAAGGAGGAGAUCGACUGGACGACCAAUGAGCUGAGGAACAGCCUGCGCUCCAUUGAGUGGGACCUUGAGGACCUGGACGAGACAAUCAGCAUCGUGGAGUCGAACCCCAAGAAGUUUAAUCUGGAUGCAGCCGAACUGUCGAAGAGAAAAGCUUUUAUCACCAGCACCAGGCUGACCGUCAAGGAAAUGAAAGAACAAAUGUCGAGUCCAGCUGCUGCCUCUGCCGACAGAAAGAACAGACAGGCUCUGCUAGGUGACCACGGCGCUCAAGGGCCCAUCUGGCAGCCCGGUCCUGAUAAGUACAGCCGCCUGGACCGGCAGCUGCAGAACGCCAACUCUCAGUUCAUAGAGGAGCAGCAGGUGCAGCAGCAGCUGAUCGCAGAGCAGCAGGACGAGCAGCUGGAGCUGGUUUCUGGAACCAUCGGAGUUCUGAAGAACAUGUCGGAGCGGAUCGGCAUGGAGCUGGACGAGCAGGCAGUGAUGUUGGACGACUUCAGCCAUGAGAUGGACAACACUCAGUCCCGACUGGACAACGUGAUGAAGAAACUGGCCAAAGUGUCUCACAUGACCAGUGAUCGUCGGCAGUGGUGCGCUAUUGGCGUGUUGCUCGCCAUCCUCUUCGUUGUCGUCCUUCUCUUCUUCAUCCUUUGAUUGAUGCCUCCUGCUGUCACUGACAAUUCAUCCUAAUCCAGUGUCUGCUGGUCUCUACUGGACCGGACUGGACUUUACUGUGCUGACCUGUACUGGACUCUACCUGACUCACCUGGACUCACCUGUAUUCUCCUGGACUAUACCGGACUGGACAAUACUGGACUCAUCUGGACUCUCCUGGACUCACCUGGACUUGCCUGGACUCAUCUGGACUCUCCUGGACUCACCUGGACUUGCCUGGACUCAUCUGGACUCUCCUGGACCCACCUGGUCGGCCUCCUGGUUGGUGGAACUGAAAAGGCACUUUUGGUUUGUUGACUGUUAAACUGGUUUCAGAGGUCAAAGGUCAAACCGAUGGAAACACGUUUGAUGUGUUUCAAUGUUUCAUGUUUUUUUUUUGGUUUGGAUUUUUUAUUUAAAGGUCUGAAAAUAACCAGUUUCAGUCCAAUUUAACUCCAGUUUAGCUUGAGUUCAACUCCAGUUUAACUUGACUUUAACUCCAGUUUAACUUGAGUUUAAUUCUAGUUUAGCUUGGGUUUAACUCCAGUUUAUCUUGACUUUAACUCCAACUUAACUUGAGUUUAACUCCAGUUUAGCUUGAGUUUAAUUCCAGUUUAGCUUGAAUUUAACUCUAGUUUAACUUGAGUUUAACUCCAGUUUAGCUUGAGUUUAAUUCCAGUUCAGCUUGAGUUUAUAUCCAGUUUAGCUUGAGUUUAACUCCAGUUUAUCUUGACUUUGACUCCAGUUUAUCUUGAGUUUAACUCCAGUUUAAUUUGAGUUUAAUUCCAGUUCAGCUUGGGUUUAAUUCCAGUUUAGGUUGAAUUUAACUCCAGUUCAAUUCCAUUUUAAUUUCAGUUCAACUCCAGUUUAUUUACGGUUUAACUGUGGUUCAGUUCUAUUUCAUUUCUAGUUUAACUUCAGUUAACUCCAGCUGAACUCCAGUUUAACUGCAGUUUAGCUCUGGUUUAACUCAGGUUUAAUUUUUAACUUGAAUACCACUUUAAUCACCAUGUCUUCAUCAACUUAAGUCGUCUUUGAUUCAGGUUGAACUGGUUCAUAGAAACACUUUUUAAAGUACAAACACUAAAACUUCCUGUUUGUUGUUAGUUUGUUUACAGUUUGUUUUUAUUGACUAAAACUUUUUUUUUGUUGUUCUGAUCAUAUUUCCAGCAGAUCAAUCAGACUUAUUGAUCAGACAUUUUAAUGUGAAAUCCUACCACACACUUCAUGCUGCUGUUUCACAAUAAAAGCCUUUUAGCGGCGGUAGAAGGCUUUUAUUGUGAAGAGUCCCACAUCAUUAGGUUCACGGUACGCACAGCGGCGAUGUGUCACAUGAUGUCUGCGGCCAGUCAAACGUCAGGACUGAAAACGUUUGCUGUUCGAACACAAUCGGAUCAGUCUGAAAAUAGUAAACAAAAAAAUAAAACAAGAGUUAAAACCUGCGACGUUCUGAGUUUUAACUUGAAAUCCAUCCAGUCGUCUUCAACAUGGAACAGUUUUCUUUUAGACAUUAAACUUCAGUCAUGUUUCCUCAUAGAUGGACACAGUAAUAGCUAUAAUAUUAAUAAUAAAAAUAAUAAUAAUUUGGGAUGUUCUGAUCUAGUCGUGAUCAGUCAAGUCACUUUUUAACUGAUCAGGAUCAAACCUCAGUUUGAUCUUUGGUUUACAUCUUAUGUUAUACAGGGAGAACACACAUUUACCCCCUGACACUACAUUUACCCUUUAACACUACAUUUACCCUCUAACACUCCAUUUACCCUCUAACACUCCAUUUACCCUCUAACACUCCAUUUACCCUCUAAUACUACAUUUACCCUCUAACACUACAUUUACCCACUAACUGUACAUUUACCUUCUAACACUACAUUUACCCUCUAACACUCCAUUUACCCUCCAAUACUACAUUUACCCUCUAACACUCCAUUUACCCUCUAACACUCCAUUUACCCUCUAACACUACAUUUACCCUCUAACACCCCAUUUACCCUCUAAUACUACAUUUACCCUCUAACACUACAUUUACCCACUAACUGUACAUUUACCUUCUAAUACUACAUUUACCCUCUAACACUACAUUUACCCACUAACUGUACAUUUACCUUCUAACACUCGAUUUAUCCUCUAACACUACAUUUACCCUCUAACACUACAUUUACCCUCCAGCUCUACAUUUCAGAUUCCACCUACAGAACAUUAAGGAACAGACUGGAGGCAGAAAUACAGUUUUUUCUUAAAGUAUUACAGAUAGUCGGUUGUCAGACUAGACUUCGUGUACUUGAAGUGUUUCAUCAGGAAAACGGUGUCAGAUUGGGACUCUGUAUAUGCAGAUACUAAAUAAAUUACUUUGAUCAGAUCCGGGGGAAAAACUUGAUCAGGACAUCUGUAGUAAAAAAUAAUAACAGUAAUAAUAUUAAUAAUAAUGGCAGCAGAAGUGAUCAGUGGCAGAGUUUGAAGUGAAUGAAUGAAGACCUUUAGUUUGCAGUGAAACUGUGUUAUCGGUUUGUUAUUGAUGAAUGGUGAAAAUUGUCUGAGUCGUCAUUAUUUAGUUUUUGUGUCUGCAGGUGAAUUUUAUUUCAAUAAACUCCAGAAAAAGAAAAGCAA